AUGCAUAUGGGGUAUCAUGUGGGAAUGGACGCACCUCUAGAUCAACAAGCACAGACCCACAACCAGGUGUCGCAAUGCAAGUAUACUACCCACAUGCUUAGCAAGUCUGACCAGCAUCACCCGGAAUACGUCGCCGUAGUUUCGUGGCUAGUCAAAUUUGUGUUGACGGUCUGCUCAUCGUGUGUUGAACCUUCAGGCGUUAUAGCUAACAACUUCCAAGGUAUUCUCAGCCACGGCAAUCUUGUCACACAAUUAACGCAGGCUCUAUUCAUGAUCGCACGGGUAUUUUUGACGAAGCAUUCAAAUCCCGAGUACAACUCCCCCUGCACUAUCCGCCACUCAGUUACAAAGGCAGAUGGGAGAUUUGGAACAACUCUAUCACCCUACUUAGGCGACAGCAAGAGGAUACUGCCGAUAAACGAAUCGCUGACUGGAGAACGCAUUAAUUUUGAAGAAUUGCGUGAUAAGAUUGACAUGGUGGCAACGAAAAGCCUCAAUGGUAGACAAAUCCGCAAUGCUAUAACGACAGCACGCCAGCUUGCGCGAUUUCGUGACUGGCCACUUAGUUAUAUGCACAUUGAAAAGACGAUCCGGAUUGCAAAUGAGUUUGAGGCUUAUGUUGGACGCAUGGGCAUAGUGCAGAAGAUUUUGCCCGAGCAGCAGGUGUUCGUUUGGAUAAUACCUAGCUGGCAUUACGUCGAGACUGCUGGCAAGGCGGAUGAAAUCCGACCGCGGGGGAAAAGACCGCUUUACAUAUACGAAUCUGAAGUCGUCGAAAUGGAGGCGACUACAGAUGCACAAAUCUGCGGCUACUUUUCUGACAAUCCUGCCUGCGCUUCACCAUCCACCUGCAGCACUCCCAGUGGGGGCAAGUCAUGGGGAUGUUGCGAUAAGACAAGCUGCUAUAUCCCUGCUGCAUGUGAGGAUGCUUCAGCUCCUGAUUGUGGAGGGACUGCUGCCUCCCUCUGCCCUUACUCUCCAAUCAUGAAAUGGUACACCUACGGAGCCUCGUUGCGGUGCGUCUACUUUGUUUAUCAAACCGCUUCUAACGACGAAGCCAAGCUUACUUCCUGGGGUUGUGGGGAAACGCCGACAACAUACAUCAUCGGACCUCUUCAAGCUGAACAAACCGCAACAGCGACAGCACCGACGAAUGAUGAAACAGACUCAAGAUCCAGUCUUUCAAAAGAAGCCACAAUCGCUGUUGCUGUUAUCAUCCCUGUUGUAGGUUUAGCGAUUCUUUUAGCGGCAGCCAUGCUGUUCCUCCGACGGCGUAAGAAAAGAGCGAGCAAUCCGAUUUCUGUACCCAGCCAAGUUCGUGAAGGAGAAAGAUCGAAGAUGGAACAAACUCCGGGAUGUGUGCCUGUCCCUACAUUACCUCCGUAUGAAAUGGGUGACGAUAUCAUGCGGCCCGAACUGGACAGCCGUGAGGUUCGUCAUGGCGUUAAUUACUAG